UCAGAGUUCAGAUCUCAUCCAAAAUCCCAAUCUAAGCUGAGUUUUACCUUUUCUUCCAUAUAUCCGUCUAAUUUCUUUCUUCUCUCAAGUCACACCCUGUUUUCUCCAAGUACUAUUUUGGUUUCUUACAAAACCCUAGCUUAUAUCCUCGUGCAUCAUAGAGAACCCCUCUCCGACAAGAUGGAAAUGGAGGGAUUGUCUUUGAUUUGUGCUGGCUUAGGAGUCAUUGAGGAAGAUGACAAUGGGAAUAAAAUUGGCUACUCAAAGGAUGAAUACUGUCUAGAUAAUUUAAAGGAUUUGCUGAGAUUUUUGAGACGCGAUGAUCCGCAAACUCGAGGUGUGUUCAAGCAAGUCUGUAAAUGGAACAUCGUUUCCAAAGAUUUGAUACCCAUUAUCGAGCACUGUCAAGAGGAUCGCAACUUGCUUUUAAAUGCAGUGAAGGUGCUAGUGUUCAUUACGAUGCCUGUUGAGCCAUCAUCAACAGAUAUUUCCCAACAAUUAGAGUAUCUGUGGGAGUUGAAAGCUUCAAUAACAAGUAGCGAUAUUGUGGCAGUGAUAGUCUCAUUUCUGGAAGGCCCCCUUGAGAAUUUGGAAAGUGAUGCAUUUACAGAGGAUGACUGGAAAUUAGUGCAGCUCGUGCUUUCUCUAUUUCGCAAUAUCCUAGCUGUUCAAGAAAUCCCGAUGCAACAGAAGUCAGGAGGUUCUGCUAUUCAAUUACUAUCACUGAGAGAUAGGUUUCUGGAACUUUUGUUCCGUGAAAAUGUAAUGGACAUUAUUUUGGUUAUAAUUCAUUAUGCUGGAGGUUCGAAUGCUUAUCUCCGUCAAGAUAAUUUGCUUCUUCUGGAAAUUUUACACUACAUAUUUGUUGGUCAAGAGCCAGAGCUGAUUGUCAGGGCUCAUCUGGAUGGAUUAAAGGUAGAUGAAGAUUCUCAAGUGUCUCUUAAUAGUCUCAAAUCCAUUAUGGAGGAAGAAGCAGAGAAAAGAAGGCGUUGUAGGCUGAACAUUAUGAAUCGGCAUUCACAAUUUAGUGGAACAUUUGCACGGCUUACCAUGGAUGGUUCAAAAGCAAUAUUUAAGGGAGGUCCCAGUUCUUCUCAUAAUAUUCUACACAAAUCACAAAAUAUUACUCGGGGUCCAGCCAAAAAAAUUGCAUGGGAUCAUCCAAAGUUUCUUCCUACAAAAGAUAAGAUAUUGGAGUCGCUUUAUGGGUUUGUCAGUCAAUUUCUGUCUGGAGGAUACAAUACUAAAUUAUUCUACAUGGAAUAUAUCUUGGUGUCAGCUUUGAUGCAAUCAAUUCGUGAAGAUGUUGAGAAGGAACACCCUGCAAUUCAACAUAGUGAUGUCAUAGUUUUCUUUCAGGUUGCUGAAUUUGUCACUUCAUUUCAGUUUUACAAGUAUUCAGCUUCUAAGACGAAAAAUGGAAUGGACCUACUUGAGACUUUUCAUGAUAAAGAUGCUCUUGGGACAAAUUUCAAUGGUCAGAUAUGUGGGCCUAUUGCAGCAACCAUGAAUGAGGCAAUGUUUCAGUUGCUCCUUUCAAAGUGGCGUCAUGCUUUUAAUGGUCUAAAGGAAACAAAUGACUACAAGUUUCUAUCAGCAGCUGGUUCUCUCAUGAAGAAUAUGAUUCUUAUGCUGGAUUUGGUUAUUAAGUUAUUGCCGGAAGACUCUAAGGAGCCUCAAACAGCUCGGAUCCUUCUUUACAAGUUAUUUUAUGAUCAGACUGAGGAAGGGAUGACUCAAUUUCUCUUGAAUUUGAUGAAAACAUUUGACACUCAGAAACAGCCCAAAAGUGGUCUUGCUGAUUUGGUUGAAAUUAUUCAUAAAGUUGUGAAGCUGAUGGAACAUCUGCAGGCUCGUGGAUCAUUAAGGGUGUCUAGAAAAUUAAGGAAGGUGAACAAGAAAAAGUUGCAUGAGGGAAUUGAAACAGGAGACAAACUGUGCAGAGAUCAUUCUUGUACUGAAAAUGAGGUUGGUGACUCUGGUCCCAAUCCGUUACUUGAAAAGCAAAAGCAGAUGCCAGAGAAGGAAUUUGCACCAAACAGAAGUUCUGGCAGUGAAGAGGACUUUAUUGACCCUGAUAAUGAUAAGCAACAUGAAAAAAAUCUUGAGGAAGAUGAGAACUCCCUGGGUAAUUCGGAAUUGAAAGACGCUAAAAAUUCUGAACAUGCUACUGAGGUCUUGGUGCAUGACACAGGUGAUCUUUCUAAUGAUGAGCAGCAAACUGAAUAUAAUGAAGUUGAUUUCAAGGUUUCAACACUGGUAUCUGCCUUCGCAAAUCACAAUAUCAUUCAGAAAAUAUGUUGGUUGCUCAAGUUUUACAGGAGCAAUUCCCUAGCUACAAAUCAUUACAUAAUAUGCAUAUUGCAGAGGAUCUGUGAUGACCUUGAGCUUCAUCCAAUGCUCUAUCAGUUAUCAUUGCUCACCACAUUUUACGAUAUCCUAGUGGAACAGAAAAAAUGUCCAUCCCUGAAAUAUGCAAAUAUUGUUGAUUUUCUGACCAAUUUGAUUAGAAAAAUGCUGAAAAUGAUGAUAAAACAACCACUUCUUUUUGUGGAUGUUCUUUUUUGGAAGACCCGAAGGGAAUGCCACUACAUGAAUGCUGAUUAUUUGUUGGAUGAGCUUAGCCAUUUGAAGAAAGAAAGCAGAAAUUUGAAUUCUACCCAAGUGAGUGGAGAAAUUGGUUCAUCAGUUGAAAAGUUGUGGACACGUAGAAGCAUAGCAGAUGCACUUGGUGAUGAUGAAGCAGAUGUUGUGAUCACUCAUGACUUGGGACGUCAAAACAAUGAAGAAAAACUUAAUGAUGCUAAUGGAUGCUUUGCAUCUACCUCAGUCAGCGGGAAGGGAAAUGAGGAUAAAAUUAUUGGGGAGCAGUUGAUAGAAGAUGAAUCUGCAAGGGCUCCAAGGCAAAAGAAAAGGCUUCUUGAUGGUGAUGAUAAAUUUGAGCAAAAUCCCUUUGGGCAGCAAAUGCAGAAAAGAAAAAGGGUACAUGCCUUCAGUGAAGAGCAAGAAUCGCUAAUUAGAGAUCUAUAUGAGCAGUUCAAGGACCAUAGAAGAUGCUGCUACAAGAUAGCCAAUGCACUGGACGUGGAUGGAAAAUUCACUUCUUACCAGGUGUCUCGUAAACUUAAGCAGCUUGGCUUAUCUCUUCCUCAGAAGAAGAAUUUGAAAGGCAAAAUGGACCCAAGAGAUGAGGAUCUUCAUGACUCCUCUGCAGAUAGAGCAGAUGGGUCUGAUGACGAGACACUGGUAUCAUUAAUAAAGAGGAAGAAAAUGCAGAACAGAAGAAUUUCAAUGGAAGAGUUAAACGAACAUUCUACCAAAGAGAAAUGGUCAAAAAAUGAUUUUGAUGAGAAGAUGCUCAGCUCUGUUCUUAGGAGGAAAAUGGACAGCAGGAGAUUUUUAAAUGAAAAAUUAUAUGAACAGUCCAGCAAGGAGAACUUACCAGACGUCAAUUCUGAUGAUGAAAUGCUCAGCUCUGUUUUCAAGAAAACCAGAAGUUCUCUUCACAAACCGAUCAUUGAUGAACCUGAAACCAUCGAAAUUCAGAAGACAUUGACGAGCAUUGAUUCUUCUAAUGGUGGCACAAACGACAUCUUGGAAAGUGAAAAUUGGACCGGCCUUUCAAACAAUCAUCAAGUAGAAUAUCAGCCGGUGGAUGAUGAGUUGAUGGAUUCUGAAGAUGAUGUGACCACCAUGGCUCUUCCUGACAAUGCUGUAUCCAGAAGGAAGCUGAGGAUGAUUAUUGAUCCAGAGGAUGAUGAUUGAAAUGGAUGCAUGACCGAGGCAGAGGUAUCUGCAUCAGUUUGUAUCAGGGUACAUAUGCUUAGUUCAAGGCAACAUCGAUUUUCCUGCGGAGUUAAAAAAGCACUCUUUAGGCAUGGGCUUGAUCAAUCUGAGAUAGUAAAGAAUAUGAUGUGUGUGUGUCUGUCUCUCUGUCUGUAUGUCUCGAAGUGUCAGACCUCUCUAAGCUAGUCAUAACAGAGACAGGCAAUCUAGCUGCAUGCCAAUGGUUCAGAAAUAAGACAUGUGCUGUACAAAAUUAUGAGUGAAGGAAUAAUAGGCUAACAAAUCUCAAUGUAACUGUUUUGGGCUUUAUGAUGAACAAAAGCGAGUUAUAGUAGAAGAACAAGCCAUUUGAUUCUUUGUA